AUGGCCGAGCACAACUACAAAUUCGAAGUCGCCAUGAGCUGCGGCGGCUGCUCUGGUGCCAUCGAGCGCGUUCUGAAGAAACUUGACGGCGUCAAGUCAUACAACGUGUCCCUCGAGUCCCAGACUGCCGAAAUCGUCACAGAAGAGUCGCUCGACUACGGCACCGUCCUGGAGAAGAUCAAGAAGACGGGCAAGGCCGUCAAGUCUGGACAAGCUGACGGCUCACCGAUGGACGUCUAG